AUGGGUAGUUUCAUAUUUAGAUGCAUUACCUAUCUAUUAGAUGCUGAUCUAAUUAGAUUUUAUCCAAACCUUUCAAUGCUGAUAUUCUUUAUCUUAAUAGAGAUUUUUUUAACAAGACACAAUUUAAAUUUAAGAAUCCUAUCAGUCAUUGUAAAUCAUGUGUUGACACUUUUUUUUUAUUUAUACGAUGAAGAAGUUGAUAUAGCAGUUUCACAUUUGAAAGGAGUAAACUAGAUGGGAUCUAGCUUUCUUAUAACAAUGGGAAGUGAAUUUCCAGAAGCAUUACUUUAGGUGACAUCAAUAACUAUAAUCAGAAUAAUUUUCAUUUUGAAAUAAUCAAUAGGCUUAAAUUUAUAUCCAAUUGCUGGAUUAGUGUUUGUAUCAAUAUCUUAAUUAUUUUUUUUGUACAAAUACAAUUAAGCAAUGAGAGCUUAAUUUAUGUUAAUUUAAAAAGAUAAAUAAUGGGAGAGAAUAUUACGAUAGUUGAUCGAUAAAUAAUCUUAUAUUAUGUUAAAUUUCAAUGAAAAUUCAUUUUAGUUUGAGUAUUUUAUGGCUUAAAAUUUUAAAAAUUGCUUGAAAAAUAAAGAAGAUAUUUUAAAUUUCUUUAAGGAAGCUCAAUAUUAAAAAGAAUCUCUAAAUAAUUAUCUUUAUCAUUAAAUGAAAGAAUAUCAAUAAAAAAGAAUAGAUCUCUAUAAAAAAGAGAUACUUGUCAAACAAUAAAGAGAAUUAGUAAAAUUAGAAUUUUCUAUCUUUUUUGCAAAUCAACCAACUAUAUUAAUGGUUUUUCAUAAACCUAAAUUAAGGUUAUAAAAUAACUUAUCAACAAUAAAGAACAAAGACUUUUUUAAAUAUUUUGUACAAUUAUUAAAGUGCUUAAAGAAUAAAUUGAAAUCCAAACCAAAUUAUAUUACUUUUAUGAAAAAGAUUCGUAUAAUAGAAAUUUAUCAUAAUUUACAAACCAGUUGGGAAUAGACAUUAUAAGAAAUAAAUCUUUUUAAUAUAAUUUCAGAAUAAUCUAAAUAUUUUCCUAAUAUCAUAGUACUGAUCAAUAUACAAAAAUCAAUAACUUUGAAAACAAAUUUAGAUAUUUUAAGUUUAAUAUUGUUUAAGAUAUAUUCUAAUACAAAUACUUAUCUAAUUAAAUUAAGAUAUACAUAACCAGAAGAAGAUAGGAUAUAAUUAAUAUUUUGUGGGAAUUUUAAUAGUUCCGUUGUUCUUUCAUUUUUUCACUUUCAUCAGGAAUUUUUGAGCAGAUUUUUCGUUAUAACCAAAAUUAAAAAUCAUUGUAAUUAUGUUUAGAUAUUCUAGCCAUUUAUAUUUCUUUUGAAAAAAACCCGUUUAUACCGUUUACUGGAAAAGAAAAAAACCGGCUUUGA